GACCAGUCACGUGGUACGAGCUGAAAGGUGACAGCGCGAGUGCAAGUUGUUACAACACAAGGACGAAUCAUGGCAGCAGCCGGGAAAAAGCUAUACGAGGUUUUCGUCUCCAAAGUACCUUGGACGCUUGCAACCAAGGAGGUGAAGGAGUACUUUGGGCAGUUCGGGCAAGUCAAGAGAUGUUUGAUGCCCUUUGAUAAAGAGACCGGAUUUCACAGAGGCUUCUGUUGGGUUGGAUAUGCUUCAGAAGAAGGAUUGCAGAACGCGUUACAGAAAGAACCCCAUGUCAUCGAGGGUUCCAAGCUUCUGGUACAGAGGAACAGAAAACCUGUUGUAGGCAGAAAAUUUGCCAAAGAAGAGGAGGAGAGCUGAAGAAGCGUGGACUGUGUGUGUUGUCUUUUUUUGUAUUGUUUUGAUUUGUAUUUAUGACAUCAAAGUAAAGUAAUUGUUUGAAUUUA